AUGCAAGCCUUAAUACUCUCAAUAGUUUUUAUAUUCGUUAUUCUUUUAUGUGUACCAGCAGGAUCAAUAGAAAAUAAUGAACCUGCUUCGAAAGUAUCAAGAAAGAAUACUCUUGAAUUGCCGAGUUAUUCAAAAUUAUUAACACUUUUGAAAAAUCGAGAAAGAAAGUUUUAUCAAGAUGAUGCUGACGACAGCAGUAGCAGUCAAAAUGACGAUGACGACAGCAACAGCAAUCAAAAAGAUAAUGACAUGCCCCAUAAAAGAGAACAAUUAACAUCAGAAAAUCGACGAUUUUUUAUGUUUCCUGGUCAACAGAGUUCUGGUCAUCGAAAUCGACCACCACCUACCUACGGACGAAGACCUCAUUGGGAUACGUUUUUUGGAUAA